GAGGAGGAAGGAGAAGGAGUCCUUGCGCUCCACAGGCUCCUACAAGGGAACUAACCCUCCCUCGGAUUCCGAAUUGAGACCUACUUGACUCUCAAGGUCCCCAGCAUGGAAACUGCUUACCUGAAGAAAUGCUUUGGAAACACCCUGACCCAGGCACUGGCAGAGGUGGCAAGGGUGCAGCCAAAUGACCCAAUAGAGUACCUGGCUCACUGGCUUUACCAUUACAGGAAUAUAACCAAAGCUGAAGAGAAGAAAAAGCAAGAGGAGCUACAGCUUCAAGAAGAAGUGCAUGACAGCAACUCCAAGGAAGCAAAAGCUACAGCAACACUGAAAGAAGGAAGCUAUCAGAUUCAGCAGAAGUGUGAAAAGCAUCACCAGGAACUGCCCUCGACCUCUGUUUCCUCAGACCAGACCCCAGCCCGGCAGGAAGACCUGGCACUCCGAGAGGAGAAGAGUACAAGGCAGGAAGUCCACCAGGUGUCUCACAUGUGA